AUGGUGUCCGAGGAAGUAAGUGCGAUGAUACAAGGAGAAACUUCAAUCAAAAGGACUGACCCUGGUAGUUUUGUCCUAGAUUGCAAGAUACAAAACGCACGUUUUCCUCGAUCUCUUUGUGAUCUUGGCUCUAGUGUAAACCUCAUGCCAUACUCUGUGGCAGUUUCACUAGGUUAUAAUGUAUUCGUUCCAACGCCUAUCACGUUAGUUCUAGCUGAUCGUUCUAUUAGGGUACCUGAAGGAAUCCUCGUAGAUGUACCAGUCAAAAUUGAUGAUUGCUUCAUACCAACAGAUUUCGUUGUACUAAAAUAUAAACAAGUGCUGAAAGACCCCCUUAUUUUGGGUCGACCCUUUUUGGCCACAGCAGGAGCAAUCAUAGAUGUUAAAGGAGGAAAGAUUAAUUUAAAUGUCGGAGAUAUAUCAAUGAACUUUGACAUGGAAAAGCUAGUCAAACGUCCUCUGAUUGACGAUCACGCCUUUUACACAGAAGAAGUUUCUGAACCAGAAAAAGAAUACCUUAUGGAUAUAUGUGCUGAUAGUUCAUCAGAAGACACAUUCACUCCUGAUGAACAAGGAAUUCUGAACAUAGAUAGCAGAACAAAAGAUUAUGCGAAUCUUAUGGACGCAAGCAUCGGAAUUGCAAAUGAAGAAAAUGAUGAUUCUAAAAUCAUUACGGAUCAAUACCUUAGGGAAACUAUUGAUCGAUCAUCUUCUUCAUCGACCAACUAG